CUGGGGUCGUGGCUCCGCCUACCACAAUGGCGGCGCCCAUUACGGAGGGAAGGAAUUCCCGAGACAUCAACGGGCAAACGGCGAUCGCGAGGGGGAUCUGACAGUUCCGGUUUCCUUCCCUCUCCGCCGGACCGGAAGAGAGCUGGGAGCGACCAUUUGUAAGGCGAGCCGUGGAGGCAACCCCCUUCCCCCUUGGGGGGAAGAGGGGGGCGAGGGGGACCCCUCAAUAGACCGGUCUUCGUCAUUAUAAGCUCUCCGUGUGGAGUCCAGCCAUGGAUCUUGUGUGCCUGAUUUUCAAUGGCAUGGGGAUGCUUGUGGACCUGUUGGUCAUCUUGCUGGAUGUCAAUUUCUUCCUCGUGUCCACUUUGGUUUCGAUCCUGCUCUGGCUCAUCGCCUUUGCUUACAACUUGCCCAAUGCCUUGGUGGGUUGCAUGGUCCACUGCUGGAAUGGGAUCUUGUUGUUCUUGCUCUGUGUUGCUGAGGCAUUGUAUUACCUGACGGUGGGCUCUGUACAUGCUGUCUUCAACUUGCUGCGUGGUCUGUGCUCCAGCAUGGAAAGCCUGAAAGUGGUGGGGCACCUGUUCACCCAUGUGAUGCUAAGAAGCAAAGAAGUGAUGCACCGAGGUCUCUGGAACCUGGUGGGGUCCGGUCAGUCACUUCUGAGGCAGGUGUGUGAAGGGUGCGCCAUUGCCAUGAGCCUUGUGGCUUACUUCAUCAACAGCAUCAUCAACAUCUGCCUCAUUGGGACCCAGAACCUUUUCUCCCUGGGGCUGAUCCUGUGGGAGACGAUUGUCAGCCCCUUCCUGAGUGUCACGGACAUUUUUGCUGCCUUUCUAGCACGUUUGUCCAGCAGUGCCAUCGCUAUGUCCAUCCUUCUGUGGUCUCCUUGCCAGCUGGCAUUUGAUCUCCUCGCCUCCAUGAGCAGGCUGCUGAUUAACGUAUUCUUCCUCAACCUUUAUGGCUUGGUGUUGCUGUCGGGGCUGGUUGCUGCCUGCACCUUAACCUUCAACUCUCAGCUGACAUGGACGCUGGUGGACCAGGUGACUGGCUACUUGAACUCUAUGCCUUCCUAUCACCGGGUACGCAGGGACUUGUGCCGCCUCUACCAAGUUGUGCUCUUAUCACUGGACAUGAUCUUGAGCUCCCAAGCCUGGCGCAGGUUGGCAGACCGGGGUCUCCAAAUGGCCAACUGGAACAGAGGAGACAGGGGAGCACACCACCACGGGGAUCAACAGCAAGAAUGGCCACCAUUCUUGGCCUAUAUUUUAAGACUCCCUUCUCUUGGGGUAGCUUACCCAAGACGACAAGGGGUAUAUGCAGCCAGUCAGCAGGCUGCAGCCCCCGCCCGCCAAGCACAGACAGGAGCAGCCCGGGGCAGUGGGAACCAGCAUAGAAGAGACAUUGAUCUGGGAUCAGUUGCGCAACGGAGUGUGCCGGAUGCCCGGCAGCCCCAGGCUCAGAGCAAGGGUCCGAGCACAUCACAAACCAAACCUGCAACGAAAGAGCAGUUAAAUGCUCUGGAGGAGGACAGCGACCCGUGGCUUCUUCUGAAAGAGCAAGAAGAACGGAAGAAGUGCGUCAUUUGUCAGGACCAAACAAAGACAGUCUUGCUGCUUCCUUGCCGCCACCUUUGCCUCUGUGAAGGAUGUACUGAAAUCUUGCUGCAGCAGGCCGCAUACCAGCGCAAUUGCCCGCUCUGCCGGCAGAUGAUCCUGCAGACUCUCAAUGUCUACCUGUAAACGCUGUGGGGAGAACUUCAUCAUCUACAUUCCACCAGACUUCCUAGGCACACAGGGUGGCAUCUCUCACCUUUGUACUCACUGCUUUCUACAAUGGCUGACUGUGAACAGCUCCCUGCUGGAUACUUAGCAGCAGCAUUUUUAUUUCCAAAGAGCCUUUAUAAUCACUGGGACACGGAGAAUGGCCCAAAUGUUUUCUCUGUGUUCCUGUUUUAAUUUGUUUGCAGCUGCCAUCAGGAAGCACAGCGGCUGAUCACGUUAAUUGUCUGAAACACCACUGUUACAAGGUGUGCUGAGAUUUUCAGUUGAGCCGUUGAGUUGAAUGUUCAGAAGUGAGAUGCAAGAAAACCCACCAGAGAUCUAACAAUGGGCACAUGUGCAGAUUCACCUGAUAAGGCACCAAGCAGAUACAAGGGAGCAACUGUUGAAAGUCUGUAUUUUAGGGUCCCUAUAAACCAGAGCCUGGAAUAAAGUUUUCUAUGCUGGACUUGAUCAAUAAACAUAUCAGCAAGAAAAGCAAAGCAAAGCAGGAUAUUUCUUCCUCCGGCCAUCCGCAGGGGAAGAUGCUCAUUAGCUCACAUUGACAGUGACUGUGCAUUUCUCCUUUCAAGAGACAUGGGAGGUGUUUUAGGUCCUGGGACCACGGAUCAUCUUCUGGAUGAGCAGUUCUUACGCUGCUCAGCUGAAUAACCUUUUCAGAUUUGUUGUUUAUCCAUUUGUUUGGGGGCUUCAAGAGCCACAGGACAGGCAAACUGGACACCCAAGUGCGACUGUGGAGUACGCACAUGACUCCCCGAGUCGGGUAACGGGGACUUAGGUCAAGAUCCCUUUGAAUACACUGGCAUGUAACUUCCACAGGUCACUAUGCAAAACUAUGACAUUCCAGCACUGUUGCACAAAUGAAUUGUUUGCUUUUUUUCUUCUCUUUGUGGUUAAGCCAGGGGUUGAUUUACCGUUGUGUUUGGUUUGCUAACAAAUGAAAACAUCCUAUCAAAAUA